AUGGACGAAACGGGGGCCAAUGUUGAACAACAAAACGAUGAAUAUGACACGUUGAGAAACAUUUAUGAUCACAACGAUCAAAUCAAUUUCAAUAAAAUUGACACCAAUAGGUACAGAAUAUGUAUAACAUUUUCAACACAAUGUAUGAUAAUUUUGUUUUACACAUUACCGUCGUGCUACCCAAGCGAAGGGUCUCCACUUUUUAUGGCGAAAACAAAACGAAAUUGGCUUUCUGAUGGACAACUCAAUAGUAUUGUUUACGAGGCAGAAAGGAUUUCGGCGGAAUAUAAAGGAGAGUUGUGCAUUUUCCCAGUGGUUGACAGGCUGAUGGCGGCAGAUUUUCUUUCUUCAAUCAGCGCAAAAGUUUACCCCGACGAACCGCCCGUCAAUCUCGAAAGUGACAAGAAAAGUGACAUCCAAAAUGCCGGAAUGGCGCGAGAGAAUGACGACAAUCUUGCGAAAACCCUGGAAAUAUCUGGUAUAAAAGUCUUCGCAGGAGUGCCAUUAGUCGACCGCAAAAGCAAGUUCAUUGCUUUUGUAGCCCGGGUUCACUCCGAAAAAGAAACCCAACUUGUCUUUGAUGAGUUGUGGAAGAACAAGAAGAUCUCCAUCGCAACUCACAACAUACAAGCGUACCGUAUUAAUAUCAACGGAACUAUUUCUUGUGAUUUUGACGAUGACGGCGAACACGCGGCUGGAAAAGAGUUGCUAAGAAUGCUCGAACAGAUCAAUGCAGAGAACGUUUGCGUUAUGGUGUCGCGAUGGUUCGGGGGUAUUUUAUUAGGGCCAGACAGGUUCAAGCACAUCGUUAACACUGCCAGAGAUGCACUUUUUGCAAACAACUUAGUCGAUCGCAACGAAAAACCAAAGAAACACAAAUAA